UUUUUAGUAAUUUUUUCAAUAAUUUUUUCAGCGAUAAUGCCAAUUUUGAUGAUUUUUCCGGCGUUGGUAGCAACUCCGACAAUUUUUUCGACACCGACAGUAAACUCUAGUGCCUUUUUCGGCACUAUUAACAAUUCCGACGAUCAAUGUAGUUUCAUUUAUUUUUAUUUUUUUUUAAAAAAAAAAUAUGAAGAAAAUUUUAAUAAAAUUCAAUCACAUUUAUUUUAAAUACCAUAUAUUUUUUGGGGUAAUUCUCUUAUUUUUUUUUUUCUAUUUUUUAUAUAAUUUAUGGAUGCAAAACUCAUUAAUCAUAAUCAUAUUCUCCCCCCCUAAUUCUAAAAAAAAAAAACUUGUAAUUAAACUUUUGGAUCAACAAAACUUGGAAUAUACAAAAGUUGAAAAAUGAACAAACAAAAACACAUCAUCAUCGUCAUCGUCAUCAUCAUCAUCAUCAACUAAAUAAGAAAAACACAAUUUUCUUUCUUUCUUUCUUUCGAGUCUCGAUCGGAAGAAAGAGAGAGGAGAAUUGAUAAUGGUGUUGAACAGUAGAGUGGUGGCAAGAGUAGCAAAUGUAUCAGCAAAUCUAUGGCAAUACAUAGCUUGUAACCCAGAAAGACUCCCCAGUCACCAAGUCUUAGAUAUCCUCUUCUGCCUCCCUCUUCGCCACCUCCGCCGUCUAGCCCUUUCUCUCUUCUCUCCUCCCCAUCAUCGCCGCCACCAUCUCUGACUCAUCCAUCUAAUCUUAAUUUUUCAUCAAAAAAAAUUACUUCUUUUUCUUUUCUGUAAAAAUAUAUAAAAUUUGUGGCUAUAAAUAUAUAUAAAAAAGAAAAUAUUUACUUGGGUUGUAAUAUAAACACAAGGAGAGUUGUUAUAUAUUGUAAAAAUCUUUACUUGGGCACAAACAAAAAAUGGGUAUUCUUAAAGCUGUGGCUCUUAUCAAUGGAGGAGAUAAUACUACCACCAUUAGAGGCUCUCUUCAAUUCACCCAAGACUCCACCAAUGGGCUUACUCAUGUGAAAGGAAGGAUAACUGGGCUCAAUCCUGGUCUUCAUGGCUUCCAUAUUCACUCCCUUGGUGAUACCACCAAUGGUUGCAACUCCACAGGACCCCAUUUUAAUCCAUUGAAGAAAGAUCAUGGAGGUCCAUUAGAUAAGGAGCGUCAUGCUGGGGAUUUGGGUAACAUUGUUGCAGGCCCAGAUGGUAUGUAUGAAGAGUCUUAUAUUAUUAUAAUUAUAAGUAUUAUUAUUAUCUUUAUGAUUGAAUUUUGUAGAGUGAUGAUAAGAAUGUUCUAUAUUACUUUUUGUUUUUCAGGUGUUGCUGAGGUUUCAAUAAAGGAUUGGCAGAUUCCACUCAGUGGACCUGAUUCAAUUCUUGGGAGGGCAGUUGUUGUUCAUGCUGAUCCUGAUGAUCUUGGUAAAGGUGGACAUGAACUUAGCAAGUCAACUGGAAAUGCCGGAGCAAGAAUUGGAUGCGGCAUUAUUGGACUUCAAUCAUCCGUUUAAGCCUUUCUUUUUUAGAUAAUAUGUUGUAUAGUUUGCAUAAUAAAUUGCUUGAAUGUAUCUUGAACAUAGUAUAGGCUUGAAUCUUUGUUGACCUUUUCUUAUUCUGGGUGUUUAAGGUUACUAGAAAAUGAGAGAUAAUGUUAAUGGUUAAAACUCAAGAUGUAGGCAAACAAAGACUGUUGAUUUAGUUGAUAAUUAAGAGGUAAUGAGUACACAAUCUAAACAAA